AUGUUCAUCUUCAACUGGUUGUGGGACAUUCCUCGCCCAGCUAGCUCAUCUUUUCCGUACCCAGGCUUAAUGCACAAGAAUGCCAAAAUCCUCUUCCUCGGUUUGGACAACGCCGGGAAGACAACUCUCUUGCACAUGCUGAAGAAUGACAGGUUGGCUACACUUCAGCCUACCCUCCAUCCCACCUCCGAAGAAUUGGCUAUUGGUAACGUCAAAUUCACUACUUACGACCUCGGAGGACACCAGCAGGCCCGUCGUCUCUGGCGAGACUACUUCCCCGAAGUCGACGGCAUUGUCUUCUUGGUCGACUCUGCCGACCACGAACGCUUCGCCGAAUCCAGAGCCGAGUUGGACGCCCUCCUCUCCAUAGAGGAGCUUUCCAAGGUGCCCUUCCUUGUCCUCGGCAACAAGAUAGAUGCGAUCGGUGCCGUGAGUGAGGAAGAGCUCAGGCAUCACCUCGGACUUUACCAGACAACCGGCAAGGGUAAAGUGCUGUUGAAUGAUAUCCGGCCUAUAGAGAUUUUCAUGUGUUCCGUCGUCCAGAGGCAAGGUUACGGUGAAGGCUUCCGGUGGUUCUCGCAAUACGUGCGUCUGUCUCAACUUCUUGUUGUUCCACACCCAACACGUUUGUUUUACAGAUAUAAUUCGUCGCUGUUGAGUAAAGGAAUGAGUGUGGAGGGAUGUUUUCACCCUAUAGUACUUUUUCUUUCUUGUAGCGGGUAUUCUAUGUUUUCGCCUUUUCCCUCGCACUGA